UCCCUUCAGUCAAUUCCUCCUUCAGUACUGGCUGUGUGCUGAACUCGGUGCUGACCUCCAAGCACCCGGGAGUAAAAGAGGCAUGGUCCCUGUCUUGGAGGUGCAAGUCUUGGGUACCUGGUUGGGACAGAAAGGCAGAAGGGAGGAGUUAGUCACCCUCUAUGACUAAUCUCCACCUCUAGCGCGUGUACUAGAGGGACUCUAAGGCACCUGCACCUGUAAUGCCUUAGAUACAUCUAAAUUGGUGGGCUGAGAGGUAUUUUGGGGGUAUUGGGAGUGGUUUUACCUAGCAAGAGUCUGAGUUCGUGCUGUGUACAUAGCACUGUGUGCUGAGGGAGGUGGGAAAGGAUUUUGAGACCUUGUUCUUGCCCUGCCUUCUCCCUGCCCUGUGGCAAUUUACUAUGCAGUUGGGCACUAGAACAUAUCUGUUAGCAGGUAACACCAUUCAGCUGUGUGUAAGUCAGCACCCAGACAGGUGUUGAGCUAUGAGCUCCAGGCUGGUGAAGGUUGGCAAGCACUUGGGUGAGGAGCUAUCGAGCAGACUCCCAUGUUUUCUGAAGUGUUUUCAGGAGUUCCAGGGGAGGACGGACAUGUAGGAUGAAGCUAACAGGACCAGGGAAGACCUAUUAGAUCAGGUAUACAUUUAGAUAAAACCAGAAGAAGGGCUUUUGAGAAGAGGGGAGAGGUACAUAGACUAAUACAUGGAGUUGGUACAGUGAGAGGGAUCAUGUUAUGCAGCAUUUAAUUUUGUGUAGUUAGUAGUAUACACUCAGCCAAAAGAGAUGAGAACAACAAUAAAGGGAGAGUGAAGUAAUUGAAAUGGAGCUGGCACUUUGCCCACCAUAUUGGUCAAUGAACACAAGCCCCAGGAAGACGCUGAGAUAAGGCCUGCAGACUUAAAACAUGGCUUCAUCCUCCCUCUGCUGAUAAUUACUCCUUCCCUCUCUGGUGCUUGGAAUACUGUUUUGUUGAACUUAAUACAGAGCUUUAUAACCUGUCUAUGCAUGUUUUGCAUGGAGAUUGAAACUACUCUAUAAACAUUUGUUGAGUGAAUGAAAGGUGAUAGCUUUUGGCAUCAUCAGACGUUGUUGAUUGAUUCUGGUGUGCAUGAUGCUGUACCUUGGCAAUGGGGUGUCAGACACACAUAGGACUUAAGAAUCUUUUCUCUGGAAGCACAGUCUAGUGGAGAAGUUGAACGCAUAACCCUCCUAAUACAGGAUUCAUGAAACCUGGGCAGUGUCCGAAGUGUAUACUAAAGCCUAAUGCUGUGGGAAGGCAGAAAGAAGGGUUUUUUUCUGACUCAGGAACGGUAAGAGUUUCAGGGCAGAGUUGGCCCCUGAGGCAGGAUUCCAAGUGUAUGGAGCAGUGUUGGCUGAAGCUGAGAUGUGCAAGAUAACAUGUGGCCGCUGGAGCUUUAGCGGCAUAGUCAUAUGUAGAGGUGGAAGCCAAAGUAAGGGUCCAGGGGCUCCACGUGAAAGAGGGCACAGCAAAUCCCAUUGUUUUCCUGUUUGUGUUGGGCUGUGUGUGUAUAUAUAUAAAAUUAGAAACGAGAAAAUCAACCGUAAUUACAUGUUUUUCCUUUUUCCACCUGUAUGAUAAACUGGUAUAUAUAAGAAUUCAUCUCUUGUGAUAUAAAAUCCCCUCAAGCGUAAAAUAAAUUAUAUUUUCCAGUGACUUCCCCAAAAUUAAAUUCUCUGUCAACUGGUGUUUGGUAAACUAGGAUUCAAGUUGAAACUUUGUGGUGAUUUUUCCUUUAAAUAAAUGAUUUUUUACUUUAAAGGUAAUCCAUUAAAUCAAAACUGUGCAUGGAUUGUGUUUUAGAUUGAAGAGCAGGUCCUCUGUGGGGGUGGGAGUGUUGCAGGUUAGAGAGAGGGAAUGUCCUCAUAUGAUAAAAUACUUGGCUUCAUAUUAAAGGCUUCCCUUUAGUCUUUGGCCCGUUCUCUUAGUAGUUCAGCCCACUGGGCUCCUCUCAGAAAAGAGGGACAGAGACCCAUGGGCAUGGCAGCGAGCUGACCUUUAUCAAACCCUGCCGGGUGGCAGCAUGGUGGCUGCAGGUGAAGCGUCCACUCCUCGGAGGUUCUGGCCCCUCCCCUCCCACAGCAGUUCACGUAGGUCCCACGUGAUAGGCACUGGUGUGGGGCUGCCUGGGCCGGUGGGGACUGUGUUGGGGACAGAGAGCAGAAGGGACUCUGUCAUGCUCAUUCACCAGAUCUUGGUCUGUCUGCCCACAAUCACAGGUUGAGGGUCACUGCAGAAGUAAUGUGGUCUGGCGGGGGCAUAGCAAGGUUGAUGCCAUGGUCAAGGUGGAGGGCAACUUCGGUAGUCUUUGCGGCAGCCUGUGGUCCACAGCCACUCAUUGGUCCAGAUCUGCCCUGUGAUAGUGAGAAUUACAAGCAGAAACACUCCUAAGGGAGUGGCAAGGAGACUCUUCUGAGUUGUGCCUGGGAGCAUUUUUGAAGGCUUUUAGACAGUGAGAUACUAAGGACUGAAUGUAGGAACUAAAAUGUGCACCUGUCUGGUUAGGCCUGAUACUUCUACUCGGCUUUUCUAAAAUACCGCAGGCCUGCUUCCCCUGAGAUUCAGUUGGGUAGGGGGAAAAUAAGUGACGCACAGCGAAAGACAGUUUCAAUUUAAUUGUGACUUUGGGCUAGAAAAGCUGUGUGGUGGGAGCCAGAGAAGGGAGAAUCUGGAGAAACCAGAGUGGUUUCACCAGCCCUCAUUUUUCCUUCCUCUUGCCUUCCAUCACGUCUUGCCCUCAACAAGUGCUCCAUACAAAUUUAGUGAAGAAAGUGCCAGAGCACACUAGGGAACUCUCCCAGAGUGGCUGUGCUGAGGGAAUGGACGGGUUGUUCUGGAUAAGGGUCCCAGUUGCUUGGAAGUGCACCCUCUGAGUGCCAUUUAAUGAUACAAGUGCUGUCCUGGGUCAGGCCUGUCCUGGCCACCUCCCAGACACCUGCCUCUGAUGAUAGCAGUCAAGGAUGCACGUCACCAUGAUAGGUACACAGAUAAGCUGUUUCUCUCCAAGUUCUUUCUCCUGGCGUCAGGCUGCCUUUGUGGAUUCAUAUUGCUGGGCUGCUGUUCAGCAGAAGAACUCACUGCAGAGCGAUUCUGGAAACCUCCCACUGUGGCUGCAUAAGACUGUGAGGCCUUUGCUGGAGAUGCAGUUUUUCCCCUACAUCCUGUUGCUCUUUGCAAUCCUCCUGUACCUGCCCCCACUGUUCUGGCGUUUUGCAGCUGCUCCUCAUAUUUGCUCAGACUUGAAGUUUAUCAUGGAAGAACUUGACAAAGUUUACAACCGUGCAAUUAAGGCUGCAAAGAGUGCGUGUGACCUUGACAUGAGAGAUGGAGCCUGCUCAGUUCCAGGUGUUGCCGAGAACUUGGGGCAAAGUUUGUGGGAGAUAUCUGAAAGCCACUUCAAGUACCCAAUUGUGGAGCAGUACUUGAAGACAAAGAAAAAUUCUAAUAAUUUAAUCAUUAAGUACAUUAGCUGCCGCCUGCUGACACUCAUCAUUAUACUUUUAGCGUGUAUCUACCUGGGCUAUUACUUCAGUCUCUCCUCACUCUCAGACGAGUUUGUGUGCAGCAUCAAAUCAGGGAUCCUGAGAAACGACAGCACCGUGCCCGAUCAGUUUCAGUGCAAACUCAUCGCCGUGGGCGUCUUCCAGUUGCUCAGUGUCAUUAACCUUGUGGUUUAUGUCCUGCUGGCUCCCGUGGUUAUCUACACGCUGUUUGUUCCGUUCCGACAGAAGACAGAUGUUCUCAAAGUGUACGAAAUCCUCCCUACUUUUGAUGUUCUGCAUUUCAAAUCUGAAGGGUACAACGAUUUGAGCCUCUAUAAUCUCUUCUUGGAGGAAAAUAUAAGUGAAGUCAAGUCAUACAAGUGUCUUAAGGUACUGGAGAAUAUUAAGAGCAGUGGUCAGGGGAUUGACCCAAUGCUACUCCUGACAAACCUUGGCAUGAUCAAGAUGGAUAUUGUUGAUGGCAAAACUCCCACGUCUGCAGAGACGAGAGAGGAGCAGGGGAACCAGACAGCAGAGCUCAAAGAUAUGAACAUAGACAGUGAAAUUAAAGCAAAUAAUGGAAAGAAGAAUGCCCGACAGAGACUUCUGGAUUCUUCUUGCUGAUGAUUUUUUUCCUUGAGCUGAAAAUCUGUGACAUCUGUGACAUAGGAUUUAAUUUGGCUAAAGCACCCCUGUUGUUUCACAGCUGAUUUGCAAUAAAUGGUUCUUGGUGAAGAUAUUGAGCAUGUCUUACUGAGUCCCUAAUGGAAAUGAUGAUCAACAAAAGGUUAUGGAAGAAUGGUUUAUGAUCUUCCCAUAGGAAGCACCUGAGAGAUAAGUAAACUGCAGCAAGUAACUAUAUGUAAGUCCUCAUCAAAUGAAAAGCAGAAAGACAAGAACGAUUAGUCAAGAGCAGUAGCCCUGUCAGAGCCUCGGAGCAAUACGUUUCUGUACCCGUGGUGAGACAAGACCCAGAGCUACUGGAAAACAAGCACGUUGGGAGAUUUGUUUUGCUUUCAUGGAAUAAUAACAUGUCGGGAUAUAAUUUAACAUGAGUUUCUUAUGUGCCCUUAAAGACCAUUAGACAAGAAAAGCAUUCACUGGCUAAUGAUCCAAGAUCGACCUGUGUCCUAAGUUAGGUGUAAGGUCCGAUGCCUUGGCCCACAUUCGAACUCUCUUUACACUGUUAGUUGUCAACCUUGUAAGGUUGAUGGAAGUCCCGUCAACACUACUUGUUGCACUAUGCCUUGAAGGGCAGCAGGCCCAAGUGCUGCUCUGACUGAAAACUGAGUUAACAAGAUGAAAUCUAAAGGAUAUUCACAGUGACUUCAAUUCAGGAAGAAUGCUUCCAAAAGAGCCCAGGGGGGAAAUCUGACAUCACAGAAGACAUUAAUUCAGUCACUUUCGGAGAGUUUGUCUACAGGAUGUUUCUCUGUUAUCAAAGGCAUUUGAAACAGGAUUUUACUUAAACAAUAAUGGAACACAGGAGUAUUUAAAGUGAAGACCACUUGGCCUGAAUGUGAUCAGGGCACGUGAGUGACAUUGGCGUGCUUCAUAUGGCGUGCUUGAAGCCAGAAAAACUUAGCAGUUUAUUUUGUUUAUAUUUAAGCACAGCUUUAAAAAAUUCAUUUUCGUUUAUUCAGUGUCCGAAUUGAGGCCAUUUGGGAAGAAAAUUCUAGCACUGGUGGAGAAUUAUAGAAUAAAGAUUACAAAUGGUUGGAUAAGACAAAUGUAAGCUUAUUUCAUAAACAUUUAAAGCUGAUUCAGAAAAUGUUCAAAACUGUUCCCAAUUCCAACUAUGUAAAUCCUAUGUUCACAUUUUACACAUACACACAAAAACAUCUUUAACAUCUGUGGAACUUCCCAGUUUUAGUCUUAGAAAGUUAGCACGUUGCAUAAGUUGAGUAAUCCUCAGGAACCUCCAAGUUUACUUUUGGCUCUUACAGACAGUUGUUUACAUAAUCUAAUUACUGUUUUCUGAAGAACAGAAGUUAUAUAAGCUGCUGUCUGCCUUUCAGAAUAUUCAGAAAAGCAGAUUUUAUUUGUAGUUCUAUGAUGUUUUCUGAAAUGGAAAGCUGAUGAUAAAUAUCAAAGCAGCAAUCAGUGCUUUAAGUUAUUCUGUUACAUGAUAUUUAUUACUGUUGAAUUAUGCUGUGACUUAGAAAUGGCAGUAACCUAAAUAAUUGAAUUUGCGAAAUUAUUAUAUUGCCAUAUCUGAGAUGUUCCAUCACAAAUUUCUACACUGGUUUCUUUUGAAAAUUUAAAAAGAUUUAUGAGAUAUAUUUUCUAGGAUAUGAUUUUUUUUUUACAAAAAGCUUCAUCUUCUGUAGGCUAUCCGUAAUUUGUAUUUUGAAAUGGUAAAAAUUGAUAUUUUAGGAGACCAGGAAGUCUCCAAGCCAUUCCCACUCUCUGAACUCUAGUAGGGUCUGUGAUGUCCCAGUCACCAGUACCAGGUUGGAUGUGCAGAUACGCAUAGGCAGGUCCCAUCCUUGAGGACUUCAGAGUCCAGUAAAAGGCAGCAGAGACAUGGGCUGGUGCCUAAGAGGAGAAAGUGUAGCCACAGUAAAGGCUAUGCCAGAAAACUCCUAGCAAAUGCCCUGUGUUCUUGGGAGAGGCCACAUUAUUUUUGUUUUCUCUCCUGUAGUUUCUGUACCUGCUGGUUUUGAGAAUAUAGUUAUCAUUUUUCCCAGAGGCAGAUGACCACAUUAAGGUUCUUUAGCUGCAAAUCCUCUAGGUUGAAAUUUGUGCAAAAUAGUCGCAGUGAUUUUGAAUAGUAAGGGAUCCAGUUGCCUUUUGAACCUUCCCUCGCAGGGAUGAGAGAACAAGCCUGUGGAGGAUGUGGAACCACUGUUGAACAACUGUCAGGGCCCCAGAAGGCUGGUGUGGAGGCCUGGGGAUACCUUUCAGCUUGGAAAAAAAAAGUAUUUUUAGGACAGGUAAACUCAUCCAUCUACUGUGAGCUACUGGCUUGGAGAACGACUUUUGAGGAGUCAGUUUCCUGAGGAGAAAUGCUUUUAUAAAAGCACUCAUUGCUUUGUAAAAGGAGACAAACAGAUCCUAAAUGACCACUCCAGGGUUGCUGAUUUUGUUUCUGGCUCACAUCUGCCUAGUAAACCACCAGCAAGCUGCUGAACCAGGCUGGAAACAAGUGUUGCAGCUGGGAGGGACACAGAGUACUCUGAAAGCAGCGUUCCAACACAUCUUCACUUUUACGAAGGGAUAGACAGAUACUUCCAUCAUAGAGAUUCUUAAACUUCGAGGGGUUACAACACCCUUGCAAAUAUUUUUAUAGCUAUGGACCCUCUCCUCAGAUCUACAGCCAACAUUUUCAGUGCACCUUAGGAGGUCAUUGUAGUCCAUGCCUCUGAAAAAGCUGUGCUCCAACAGCUGAGGAGCAAGCCACACAGCAGACAAUGGGGCUCCCUUUGCCUUCAUGAAAGCUACUUCCCCCAACACUAAGACUCAGCUGUACGUUUGCUUAGCUCAGUCACAUUUACAUUCUUCUGGGUGAACUGUACCUUUUGAGUACCUGCCUUCAUUUUCUAGAGUCAGAUCUAACAAGGUCAGUGGAAGCCUGGGCAGCAGCGGGCCUAGAAAGACCAGGCAGCCGGCAUGAACUGCUGUUCUCUCCCUGACCACAAGGCAUUGUCUUCCUCCAGGGUCAAGUAAUUGUUCCUGUUCCGCCUCACAGGAAUGUGGGGAGGAAGGACAUAACACUAUAACAUACUAUGUCCUACCUUACAGUUGUACUGUGAGAAAGCUGGAAACUUCCACCUGUUCAGUGGGUCUGGUUUGCAUGUUUAUGUUUCGUUUGUGAGAACUGCUUGUCCAAGAGAGAGCUCAGGUCAGGGCAGUUUGUGCCUGUGAGAAUUAGCUCAGCUAUCAGAGGCAGAUUUUUAGACACCUUUUAAAAAUGUGCUCGUGUUUGGUUUGUUUUCCUUAUUGUCAGUCCUGGGUCAAUCAAAGGUUUGUAAGGGUGAGAAUUUUUAUGCACUGCUGUAUCACAAGUGCUUAAAACAGAGACUGGCCCAGAUGAGGCAUUCUGUAAAUGUUUGUUGAAAUGAAUGGACAAACUCUUAGGAUAAAUCCUAAUUUGUUGGCAACUGUGAUUUGAUUUUAGAAGGCAAACGUGAUUUUAUUUUUAGAAAGGAGAAGGGAAGGGGAGGCUCAUUAGCCUCUUGGUAGAGAGAGGAAUAUUUCUGCAAAUGAAUAGGUUUCCACCUUAAGUAGUGAUGGUCCUUAACUUCUUAUUAUGGAGUGAGUCUUGAGCACUUUCCAAAUUCAAUACAAGUUCAAGAUUGCCUUUCAGUGAUUAGGGAAAUUGAGGCUUUAAAAUAAUAAACCUCUUAAAAGGGGAUGUUGAUGGAAAUGUACAAUUACCAGUAAUUGAGGUUUUAUCUGAGGGGAUGGAGAUGAUGAAAUGGUUCCUUCUGAGAAGUUGUUGGCAUUUUGGCUUUAUUUUUCACAAAUAAAGUGAAACCAUUUAAAACGAUUGACAACAAUGAUAUUGUGUCAUGUGGAAUACAAUAGAUAUUAAUUUGUGGUUGGUUUUUCUGCCUGCUUUAAAUGAAAUGUAUUAUGUUUCGGGUUUCCUCUUUUAGCUGUAAAAAUACUUCGUCACUAAAGCAUGAAAUUUAAUCAGCAAUUGUUCUUCAAGUUCCUGAAAGCUAUAAAAGUUUCUUAUGACUUGAGUGGUUUUUUUUCCCUGCCCACCAGAGGAGAAAGCCCUUGUAGAAUUCUGCAGUGUUACAAGUGUUCCCUAUAAAAACUGAAACCAUCAGCUACUCUUUAACAAGCUGGCUUUUUAAAAGCACGUAAUUACAAUUUAAUGGUAUUCUGUAAAAUGGUGCUCUAGGCAUAAUUUAAAUUCUUUUUAAUGACUAUUUUUCUUCAAAACUUUGAAAGAAAAGUGUGUGUUCUUUUUGCUGCAUCCUUUGUAAGAAGACUGCCAACAGAUGAAGAAGGACUUUACAAAUUAAGGCCAUCUUGGUUUCAUUUCCACAAAGAUGAGAACAAAUCAUGGUGUUAAGAAAGGAUCCUUAGAAGAACACAAGAAUCUUGAAAGCCCUUGGUGGUUAUCACUAUUAUAUUUCAUAUUUCCACAGAAGUCACUUAGCCAAGCUCUGCAUUUUGAGCCUGCUGACUUUCAUUUAAAGAAGAAUGAAAGGCUGAAAAUCCAGGCUGCUGUGUCUGUACAUAAAGGUCAAACCAUGUUUGAGUUCUUCACUGUUGUGUCCACCUAAAUAAAACUGAGUAAGUAAUGAAAAA